UUCACAUCUUUGUUGUCUGUAAAAAAAAGAUGAACAAGACCGGGACAGAUUUCAGCUCAGCUGUGCUGAUGUUCAACUGGGUUGAAUAUUCGGUGUUUGGCUCCAUGUUGAUAUUCUCUCUGCUAAUUGGAGUCUACUUCGGAUGGUUCAAGAAACAGAACACCGUAGCAGAAUAUCUGCUCGGAGGAAAGAAGAUGGGCGUCUUUCCUGUCACUAUGUCUCUAGUAUUUAGCCAUGUAUCCGGAGUGACACUCCUGGGUAUCCCUGCGGAGAUCUACUCCUACGGGACUCAGUACAUAGCAAUAGCAUUCUGUAACAUCGCCAUGCUGUUCUUAGUCAACUAUCUGUUCCUCCCAGUCUUCUUCGAUCUCCAGUUAAACUCUUUGUAUGAGUAUUUAGAACUAAGGUUCAGCAAAGGAACAAGAACUUUUGCGUCCCUAAUAUUUGCAAUAUCUCUGGUUAUUUUUAUUCCAGUUGUCAUCUAUGUUCCUGCUCUUGCUUUUAACCAAGUGACUGGAGUGUCUGUUCAUAUAAUAAGUCCGAUAGUGAGUUUGAUAUGCAUCUUCUACACUUCAUUUGGUGGACUGAAAGCAGUCUUGUGGACAGACACACUACAGGGAGUGUUCACCCUCUCGUCCACAAUGUUCAUCGCCAUCCUAGGUCUGCUGAGGGUGGGGAGCAUACAGGAGGUAUGGAGGAUCAAUGACGAAGGAGGCAGACUGGAGUUCCUCAACUUUGACCUAAAUCCUUUUGAGCGCAACACAUUUUGGACUGUCUCGGUUGGUUCGGUGUUCUUCUGGUUGGCUCAGAUAGCUGUCCAUCCUGGGGCUGUGCAGAGGUUCAUUGCAGUAUCUACCAUCAAAGAGUCCAAAGCAGUGAUGUUUUGGAGUUUCAUCGGUUUCUUUGUGAUUAAGUCCUUGGUUGUUUGUAUCGGCCUCCUUCUGUACGCAACUUAUCAUGACUGUGAUCCUGUAGCAAUCAAGAUGGCGAAGAAGACCAGCCAGAUUCUACCGUACUAUGUGAUGGACGUAGCCAGGGACUUCCCUGGAUUAACAGGACUAUUCAUAUCUGGAGUGCUCAGUGCUGCUCUCAGCACGAUGUCCGCUGGUCUCAACACAGUAGCUGGUACGCUGUACGAGGACUUUGUCCAGUUUGUGUUGAAGGGAGAGAAGUUGUCUGAGGCCUCUCAGUCCCUCAUACUCAAGGUCAUUGUGUUGGUGCUGGGUCUGGUCUGUGAUCAGCCACACUACAAGUGUUGUUUUGUCCUCAGCACGAUGUCCGCUGGUCUCAACACAGUAGCUGGUACGCUGUACGAGGACUUUGUCCAGUUUGUGUUGAAGGGAGAGAAGUUGUCUGAGGCCUCUCAGUCCCUCAUACUCAAGGUCAUUGUGUUGGUGCUGGGUCUGGUCUGUGUGGCGCUGGUCUUCAUUGUGGAGAAACUCGGAGCUCUCUUUCAGAUGGCGUUGAGUCUGAUUGGUGUCACGAAUGGAGCGUUGGUUGGAGUUUUCUGCUUGGGACUGUUUUUCCCUCGGGCUAAUUCAAAAGGAGCAAUCGCUGGGGGCGUGGCAAGCUUGCUUGGCAUGUCAGGGAUUGUCUUUGGUGCUCAGUGGUACAUUGCACGAGGUCUUCUCAAGUUUCCAGGAAAAGUAACAAGUGUGGCAGGAUGCCCAGCUAAUCUUACUGCCUCUCUGGGGUUCAAUGCCUCAGCCAAUGUUCAGACCUGGACCGGUUAUGGAACUCCUGUAGUUGCUGAUGAGUCAGUAGCCCUUAUCUUCCAAUUGUCCUACAUGCACUACUGCUUGGUCGGCUGUCUAAUCGUGUUCCUUGUAGGACUUCCUGUGUCUUACCUCACAAGUCCUCAGGAUCUCUCCUCAAUGGACCCUCAUCUCUUCUCUCCACCAAUACGAAGGUUCCUGCCUCAGAGACGGAGAACAUCAGUCAAACCAUCAAAGGAAGACUACUUCCUUGUCAGCACAGAACCAUCGACAAAAGACGUCAAAGAACAUUUACAAGAAACUCAGAUAACAGGAGCAUAAAUAAAGGGGUAUUUUCA